AUGGGUGCUUAUGAUCAAGUUUCCCUGCGGCCUUCGGAUUCUUCUAGAAAGAAGAGGAAAAGUAGGAGCAGAGGGGAUGGUUCUAGAUCUGUGGCCGAGACUAUUGCAAAGUGGAAGGAAUACAAUGAGCAUCUUUAUUCUGACAAAGGUGAUGGUAGAUCAACCCGUAAAGCUCCGGCUAAAGGUUCAAAGAAAGGAUGCAUGAAAGGUAAAGGAGGACCUCAAAACUAUGACUGUAACUACAGGGGAGUCAGGCAGAGAACUUGGGGAAAAUGGGUUGGUGAGAUUAGGGAGCCAAAUAGAGGCAGUAGGCUUUGGUUGGGAACUUUUUCUACUGCACAAGAAGCUGCUCUUGCCUACGAUGAAGCAGCUAGAGCCAUGUAUGGUCCAUGUGCACGCCUCAACUUCCCCGACAUCUCAGAUUAUGCUUCUGUCAAGGAAUCGUUUAAGGCCUCUUCCUUGGCUGCAUCAUCUUGUUCCUCGGCUGCAUCGGACACUACUACUGCAUCCAAUCGAUCAGAGGUUUGUGCAGCUGAGGAUGCUGAGGAUGCUAAGGAGAAUCCUCGACCUAUCCAUGAUAAGAUUAAUUAUAAUGAUUGCCACAAGGCUUAUGAGUAUCCCACACCAACUAGCAGAAUGAAGCUAGAGCCGAAGGAUGAAGCUGUGGAUCACUCAGACCCGGGGCCUGGAGAAGGAACACAUGACACCCGACAGGUUGCAGAGGAUGUAAGCAAAGAUCAGGUGGACUUUUCAUGGAUUGAUGCUUUUGAUUUUAAUGAUGAUUACUUGAAGAGCUUUUCCACGGAUGAGUUAUUUCAGGUGGAUGAACUCUUGGGGCUUAUAGAUAAUAACCCAGUUGAUGAAUCCGGGAUGAUGCAAGGUUUGGAUUGUGGACAAAUUGGUUAUCCUGGAGAUGGUAAUCCUCAGCUUGGUGAUACAUCUUCAAGCUUUUUCUACCAGUUGCAAAAUCCAGAUGCCAAGUUGUUGGGAAGUUUGCCUCAUAUGGAGCAGACCCCAUCAGGUGUUGAUUAUGGAUUAGAUUUCAUGAAGACAGUUGUGCCAGAGGACUAUAAUGGUGGAGGGGAAGAACCGCAAUUUCUUAAUUUGGACGAUCUUCUGAACCAUGAUUCAAAUGGAAUGGAAGCAAGCAGGGAAUGA